GCCCAUUUGAUGAUUUUGAAUAUGAAGAAAAAGCUUUAGAAGAGGCAAAAGAGAAGAAUAAAGAGGAAAAUAAGAAAAGCAUAAUAAAAAAGGUAGAAAAGAUCCUUGACAAUGAAGUUUUGGCAAAGGGCCAAAAGACUGCUAGAUACAAAAUAUUAAGUAAGAAACAGGAUAUUUUCACUGAAAGU